AUGGCGACACAGAACGGCGAUGAGAGCGAUUCGUAUGACGAAUGUGAAGUGCAGCUAGAACGGUUCCCUCGGGCUUCCGAAUGGUCGCACACACCCGCUACACGGACCUUCCACCCCUUCUCCCGCCUGCCUGCAGAACUCCGCGCCAGAGUAUGGGCUAUCGCGGUACACGACCAGAUAGAAGACCUCGGCAUCGCCCAUAUCGAUCUCGAAAAUCAAGUGAACAUCCAUGAGGAGAAAGGAGAGAUUAUCGCAUAUACGUUCCGUGGCUACCCUUCGCUCUUCUUCGUCAACCGUGAAGCCCGCUACGAAGCUGCCAAGGUUGACGGAGACAAGACCAUGUUGUGGGCGAAAGAAAAGGAACAAGAGAUAUAG